ACAAACACUGCAUUUACCAACUGAGUUUUACGCCUUUUGUUCAUCAUGAGGAUACCUCCAAAGACUCCUCAAAGUAUCUCACGCGCCGCCGCUAUCGCCGCCACCACCACUUCGUCACCUCCAAUGUCUUCUGUCACCUCUGCUGAACUUCCGGGUGGUGGGUCAAGGAAAAGACCUUCACCCGACCCGACCCAUGUUCCUCAUCGUGGUUCUUCACAGAAACCGAGACCAACUUCAGCAUCGGCUGGUGUUCAAGAUCAUCCAACAUCAUUAAGAUCAUCAAUUCAUCAGCCCGAAACAUCAACCAAAGCCAAAGUAUGCAAGAGAAGUCCGGUGGAAAAAAGUCAGUCGGGGCAAAUUAAUACUUCACCAGCUAUGCAGCCACAACCAGGAUUAACGACAGAAGUAAAGGCGGAAAUUGAAGAUGUUGCACCUGAUAGUAUUCAAGGCGGUAAUGGUGAAGGUCCUCCUCCUCGUACUACUGGCAUUCAAGGGACAAUUGUUAGUCCCUCGAUACAAGAAGAACUGCGCACGACUAAUGGUGCUCAGUUGGAUCACAAAACAAAGAAAGAAGCUGAUUUAAGUAAUCAGCCAACCUGCAGCAUUGAUGUGAAUUUCCUUCAACAAGUAGUGGUUGCUUUUAAAGAAGUAAAAGCAAACCAAGAAGAAAGCACAACAUUGGUGAAAGAAACAAUUAGCUUGAAUCCAAGUCUUGAACCAACUUUUCUUGCCAUCCGAGAAAAACACGGUGACAUUACAAAGGAUUGUCCUCUGGAGUCAGGCCAAAUGCUGAGUUCUGUUUUAGCAGUUAUAUGUAAAGUUGUCCAAGAACUCCAAAAGAAACAUUUGACUGAUGUUGAUUGUAAUCUCUUGAACUCCUAUUACUUGGUAGUCAAGGAUGCUGAGAAAAUGAAGGUGAAUGUCAACUGGUUACGAGCUCGGCUUGAUGAGAUUAAAGAUGCAGUAAAUUCUAUUGUCGAGACAAAAAAUCUCAACGAUGAGAAGAAUAGGCUUGCGGAACUGAUUGAAAAUGAGAAAAGGAAUCUGGUAUUUAUGAAAACUGAAUUGGAGAACCUUAAGGUUGAAAUUGCAACAAAGGAAAGUCAGCUUAAUGUGGAAACACUGGUGAAUCAAGAGCUAAGCGGUAUGAUUAGUAAUCGGGCACUCGAAAUUCAGCAGCUUCAAAACAUGCCCUUGAUGGAGGCAUUUCAAUAGUUCUAAUGUGUCAAAAUGUUCUCUACUCUCAGAAGCGGAUGUAAAGUUUGAAGUUUAUGGAUUCUGAAUUCAUGUCGAACUCAUAGUUUAUCUUAGUUACUGGA